AUGAUCGUCCUAAGUUGGAACUGCCGGGGGCUUCGGAACCAACGUGCAGUGACUGUGCUCUCUGACUUGGUGAGGGAAAAAGCUCCCACUAUUUUGCUUCUAAUGGAGACAAAACAAACCAUUGAGGAGAUGAGAGGGAUACAAGGUGAGUUGCAUUAUGAUUCUAUGUUAGCAGUUCCAUGUCUAGGAAGAAGAGGAGGCCUAGCAAUGCUCUGGAAGAAUGAAGUGGACCUGCACAUCCAAACCUACACACAAAACCAUAUAGAUGCCCUUAUUAUGGCAAAUCAAACUCCACCAUGGCGAAUUACGGGUUUCUAUGGUAAGCCGGAGGAACAACUAAGGCAUGAAACUUGGUCCUUGCUCAAGCACUUGAAAGCAAGGAGUUCGGCCCCAUGGUUGUGUAUUGGGGACUAUAAUGAGAUUUUGGAAUCAAGGGAAAAGGAAGGGGGAAAUCCUAAACCACUACAGCUUAUGAAUAAUUUCCGCAACACACUACUACACUGCAAUUUGGUUGAUUUAGGGUAUAGUGGAAACAUUUUUACUUGGAAUAAUGGAAGGGAGGGUGAUGCGUUUGUUCAGCUAAGGCUUGACAGGGCUUGUGCAACAAUGGAGUGGAAAGAAUUAUUCCCACAGGCUCGGGUCUCUCAUCUUCAAGCUUCAUACUCUGAUCAUGUCCCUAUCCUCCUUACCACACAUCCUCUAAGCCACCAACACCGAGUUAAAAAAAUACCACGAAGAUUUGAGGAGAAGUGGGUGACACACCCUGAUUGUGAAGCUGUUAUCCAACAGGUUUGGAGUAAUACAGUGACUACUGGUAGCCCUAUGAGUGCUUUAGUGGGGUGGAGUAGAGUCACCUUUGGUCAAUCAAAAAGUAAAAUCCAAGAGAAGCAAGGGAUAUUGGAGGAAUUGACUAGGGACAAUCCAAGAGAGCAUUUGGAGGAAAUUAGGAGUGUGAAGGAGGAAAUUAAUACAAUACUGUACCACAAGGAGAUUUCAUUGGCAACAAAGAUCUAG